AUGCUUUACUUUCACACCCGGGUUCUGAUAGUGUUGACUGCUGCCGUCGUAUGCAUUGUACCCGCCACGGCAGCUCCCUCCAGUCUAAUUCAUCGUGACUCCUUGCCGCUGGGCGAUGAUUCUCCACGUGCCACAGGGGACGGCAACUUGAUAUUCCAUAUCCGUCAAGAGUCUAAUAUCGCAAGUCGAAAUAUGCCAGGUGGCGGUCGCUGGGGUCCCUGGAAUGGAAUGCCAUUCAAGGCCGAUGACGGUCCUCAAGGUCUCUCAGCGACAACUGCAACUUCCAAUCCUCUUCCAAGUCAGGAUGUACGACCUCAGCCCUCCGCAGGGACCGCGAUCCUUCCGCGCAUGUUCAACAUCCCCGUCAGCAAGGAUCAGAGUUCUAAGCGAGGCUUAGCUCCGCAUCACUCGGCGUUGACUACAUCACAUCACGGUGCAGUAUCAUCUUCUACGGCGCAUGCUACACCCUCUUCGACGGCGAGUGUUGCCCAUGGUCUACAGAACCAGAACCACGGAAAUGGCAUACAGCUGAAAUGA